AUGGUGUCCCAAGUACAAAGUGCUAAAUGCACAACUGGUAAUCCUGUUCAUGUUCCACACGAGUGGUAUGAACCUGGUGACCUGGUCAUCGGUGCAAUGGCAUCUCAUAUCUAUUACGUAGUCCUUGAAUUAUCCUUCAAGAAACACCCUUUCUAUGAGUUCAUUGAUAUCCCACAGGUGGUGACAAAGUUCUACCAGCAAAUCCUGGCCUUGGUGUUUGCUGUUGAUGAAAUCAACAAGAAUCCCAGGCUGUUGCCCAAUGUCUCCCUCGGGUUCCACAUCUAUGAUAGUUAUUUUGAUUCAAAAAUGACCUACCGAAACACUCUGGACCUGCUCUUUAAAUCACAUCACUUUGUUCCCAACUACAGGUGUAGCAUCCAGAAAAACGUAAUAGGAGUCGUUGGGGGCCUUAGCUCUGAUACCUCCUGGUGCAUGGCAAACGUCUUAGGUCUUUUCAAGAUGCCACAGAUUUCAUAUGGUUCAUUUGAACCAGUCAUAAAUGACGGAACCAAGUACCCUUCCUUUUACCGCAUGGUCCCCAAUGAAGCCCUUCAGUAUCGGGGAAUUAUCCAGUUACUUCUGCAUUUCAGAUGGAGAUGGGUUGGGCUCAUAACUCCAGCAAAUGAAGCUGGAGAACGUUUCUUGCAGAACAUUGAGCCAAUGCUUUUCAAGAAUGGAAUCUGUUCAGCAUUCACAGAAGUGGUUGACUGCUGGGUCUCCUAUUUUCAAUCCAUGCAUGAGGACGAUGAACAUCCCAAUAAGGACCUUGAAAUAGAGCAGCUGGCCAAAUGGCCAACUGUCUCGCUCCACUCAUUCUUGCAGAGAAUCUCAUUCAACAACAGUGCUGGGGAUGAAAUUAUGCUAAAUGAAUAUGGAGAGUUAGCAGCUGGCCUUGAUAUUACCAACUUGGUCACUUUCCCAAAUAGAUCAUACAUCAGAGUCAAAGUGGGAAGGCUGGAUCCUCAGGCCCCUCCUGGCAAAGAGCUCACCAUUAAUGAAGACAGAAUCAAAUGGCAGAGAGCCUUCACUCAGGUGCCACCCCCUUCUCUAUGUAAUGACAAAUGCCUUCCUGGUUACGGGAAGAAAAAGAAGGAGGGAAAGAAGUUUUGCUGCUAUGAUUGUGAUCCAUGUCCAGAAGGAAUGGUUUCAAAUGAGAAAGACAUGGAAACCUGUGUCAGUUGCCCAGCAGAUCAGUAUCCAAACAAGGGCCAGGAUCUAUGCAUUCCUAAGAUUCCAAACUUCCUAGCCUUUGAUGAAACCUUGGCCAUUGUUUCAACUUUCUCUGCACUUUUAUUCUCCCUGAUUACAAUUCUGGUGCUCGGCAUCUUCAUUAAGCAUCGCAAUACAGCCAUAGUCAAAGCCAACAACCGAAGCCUCACCUAUGGUCUCCUUAUCUCCCUCCUCUUGUGUUUCCUCUCUUCUUUGUUGUUUAUUGGUAAACCUAAUAUGGUGACUUGCCUUCUCCGACAAAAAGCUUUUGGCAUUGUCUUUUCCGUGGCCCUCUCCAGCAUCUUAGCCAAAACCAUACUGGUGGUUUUGGCAUUCAUGGCUACCAAACCAGGAACCAAUAUGAGGAAAUGGGUAGGCAAAGAACUGGCUUAUUCCAUUGUCUUUUCCUGCUCCAUUGUUCAAGUAGGGAUCUGUGUCCUCUGGCUGGCAACCUCUCCCCCAUUCCCAGAUGUGGACAUGCACUCAAUGAAGAAAGAAAUCAUAUUUCUUUGUAAUGAAGGGUCAGUCCCCAUGUUCUAUUGUGUUUUGGGCUACAUGGGCUUAUUGGCCACUGUCAGCCUCACAGUCGCCUUCUUAUCCAGGAAGUUGCCUGACACUUUCAACGAAGCCAAGUUCAUCACCUUCAGCAUGCUGGUCUUCUGCAGCGUUUGGCUCUCCUUCAUUCCAACCUACCUGAGCACCAGAGGGAAAUACAUGGUGGCUGUGGAGAUCUUCUCCAUCUUUGCUUCUGGUGCUGGGUUAAUGGCUUGCAUUUUUGCCCCUAAAUGCUACAUUAUUGUGGUGAGGCCUGACCUGAACAACAGAGAGCAGCUAACACAAAGAAAGUUAUAA